CAACCCGCUCAACCGUUCGCCCGGAUAUCGAUCGAUUCGCUUCUGCGGAGCAGACGCGGGAUUCCUCGGGAAUCUCGACACGAUUUUAACCUUAAAUUAAAUUUUUAUCCGGGUGACAGUUUGACUGCUAGAUGUGCCUUUAAUAUUUUCACUUUAUGUCGGCGAAAUGCGUCACAUAAAAAGGCUCUACUGCACUCAUCGCCAUGUUGCCAAAUCAGUAUGCAUAUCAAAAUGUACGGACAUUUUCACCAAUCUUGCCCUCGAAGAUUGGCUUUAUCAGAAUAGGGAUUUCACCCAUAGUCAUCUUUUAAUGUUCUGGAGAAAUGAGCCCUGCGUGGUUAUUGGUCGUCACCAAAACCCUUGGUUGGAAUGUAAUUUUGCGGCGUUGCCAUGCAUAGAAAACGGGGUGAAAUUGGCGCGAAGAAACAGCGGAGGCGGAACAGUGUAUCACGAUUUGGAGAAUUUGAAUUUGACGUUUUUUACUGGGAGGAGCGAGUAUAGCAGGAGGAGCAACUUGGAGGUUAUUUCUAGAUCACUAAAGAACUCGUUUAAUAUAGAAACGAAGAUUAAUGAACGUGAGGACUUGUGUAUAAAGCAAAGCAAAAUUUCUGGCACAGCGUCCAAGUUAGGAAGAACCAGUGCCUACCACCACUGCACUUUGCUCAUAAACUCCAAUAAAACCAACUUAAGUUUAGCAUUAAGGAACAUUUUGGACUGUGAGGUUAAAACUAAUGCCUCAGUGUCUGUGAGGUCAAAAAUCAUGAAUUUAAGUGAGGUUAUUCCAGAUGUUACUGUGGAAGGUGUUAUGAAAGCUAUACUGUUGGAAUAUGCUUCAAAAGAGAUUGAGAUUAUUGAGGAAAUCGAUGAAAAUCACUUUCCUGGGGUGGGGAAGAUUAGGGAAAUGUUUGAGAGUGAUUCGUGGAGGUUCUUGCGGACACCAAAGUUCACUUUAUUUAGGAAUUUCAGUAAUGGUCAAGUGUUUAUGGAGAUUGAUAAAGGAAUUGUUACAGAUUUGGGUGUAAGUGUCCAUGUGGAUGAUGUAAGUGCGUCAUUUCAACACCUGCUUGGUAAGAGAUUUAGUAAAUUGGUGCUGGAUGAGUUUGAGUUGGUUGUUGAAGGUUUACAGCAUAGUAAAAUAGGGAGGAUUAGUUGUAAUAAGUCUUUAAAGUAAUAAAAUAACUUUUUUUAGUAAAA